AUGGCUAGCAGUGGCUUUACUCCACUCGAAGAUGAAGCAUCAUUAUCUCAAAAUGAGAAGGAUGCUUUAGCAAAAGCAAGGAAGAAGGAUCAACAAGCCCUUACUCUCAUCCAUCAAGGUUUGGAUGAAUCUAUGUUCUUGAAGGUGGCCGAUGCUACUAAUGCAAAGCAAGCUUGGGAGAUUUUGAAAAAUUCACUCCAAAGAGUUGACAGAUUGAAGAAAGUGCUACUCCAAAUGUUAAGAGGUCAAUUUGAAGCUUUGCGAAUGAAGGAUGUUGAAUCCAUUUCGGAUUUUUGCACAAGGGUGAAGUCUAUAGUGAGCCCAUUUAAGAGAUUUGGUGAGAAGGUAGAAGAUGUUCGUGUGGUAGAGAAAAUUCUUCGAUCUUUGACACCAAUAUUUGAUUAUGUGGUGUUUGCCAUUGAAGAAUCAAAAGAUUUAGAACCCAUGACAAUUGAGGAGUUAGAGGUGUCUUUGCAAGCUCAUGAAGACAAAAUGAAAAGAAGACAAGAAGCUCCUUUAGAGCGAAUCCUCAAAACCAAGGUUUCUUUGAAUGAUGAUGGAAGCCAAAGAGGACGAGGAAGAGGUAGAGGAUGCGGUCAUGGUCGUGGUCAAGUACCUAAAAGAAGAAGCAAUCAAGACCAUGCCAACAAUAAAUAUAAAAGCCAACAAUCAAGUAGAGGUCAUGGAAGAGGAAGAGGAAGAGGAAGAGGUAACUAUUAUCGAUCAAAUGAAAGAAGGUUUGAAAAGUCUAACAUUAAAUGCUACAAUUGUCACAAAUAUGGUCAUUAUUCUUGGGAAUGUCAUGGCACUUCAAAUGAUAGGGAGGAGAAAGUCAAUCUUGUUGAUGAUAACCAAGAUGGAGAGGAACCAAGCUUGUUGCUAGCACUCAAAGAUGGAGAUCUUGAUGGCCAUAGUUCGUGGUACUUGGACAAUGGAGCAAGCAAUCACGUGUGGCUAUAA